GGCGCGGGCGGGCCGGGCCUGCGCCCCCUCCGGCGGCCGCCGCGGCGCGGGAGGCGGAGCCCGAGCCCGAGCCCGAGCCCGAGCCGUGCCCGCGUCGGUGCGGGGCGCGUCAGCCCGCCAGGUCCGCGUCGGCGCGGGCGGCGCCUCCUCUGCAGAUUUUCUGUCUCUUCUGGGUCAUCUUAUAUCGUUUAUAUUUUCCUUGAAAAACAUCCAUAUCAUCAAGAUCUUCAAACAUGUUUGUGUAGUGGUAAAUGGAAGAGCUGGAGAGCAGUUUACUACAGACACGAAAAUCACACCGAAUCGAACAAAUGGUGGCGAGAUGGCUUCGGCGUUCCCGGGACAGCUCGGCCAGGGCUAAGGUUGCUGCAGCUGAUGGGCCUCCCGGGAUCCCAGUUCAGACUCUUGCUCCUGUGAAACACACAGUAAAAAUAGACAAAGAUGCUCUCCUUCAGGACUACGGAUUCCACAUUUCUGAGAGCCUUCCCCUCACAGUGCUGGCUGUCACCGCAGGAGGCUCCGCCCAUGGCAAGCUUUUCCCUGGGGAUCAGAUCCUGCAGAUGAAUGAUGAACCUGCUGAAGACCUCUCCUAUGAACGAGCCGUCCAUAUCCUGAGGGAAGCAGAAGAUUCUCUCUCAAUCACAGUUGUUCGCUGCACGUCGGGAAUCCCUAAGUCAUCCUUCCUGACAGAGGAGAAGAGAGCCAGGCUGAAGACCAAUCCUGUGAAGGUUCACUUUGCUGAGGAAGUGCUUGUCAGUGGACACAGUCAGGGUAAUUCUCUGCUGUGUAUGCCCAACGUGCUCAAGCUGUACCUGGAGAAUGGACAGACCAAAGCUUUUAAGUUUGAGCCGAACACAACAGUAAAGGACAUCAUCCUCACCGUGAAGGAGAAGCUCUCCAUCCGCAGCACCGACUACUUCGCGCUGGUGCUGGAGGAGCAGUACAACAUCUCCCGCCUACACCUGCUGCACGAGGAGGAGCUCAUCCAGCAGGUGGUAGAAAGGGAGGAGUCACAUGACUACCGCUGCCUCUUCAGGGUGUGCUUUGUUCCCAAGGACCCGCUGGACCUUCUGAAAGAAGACCCCGUGGCCUUUGAAUACCUCUACCUGCAGAGCUGCAGUGAUGUGCUCCAGGAGCGCUUUGCUGUGGAAAUGAAAUGCAGCUCCGCACUCCGCCUGGCAGCCUUGCACAUCCAGGAGCGGAUCUAUGCAUGUGCCCAGCCCCAGAAGAUCUCUCUGAAGUACAUAGAGAAAGAUUGGGGAAUCGAGAACUUUAUAUCUCCGACUUUACUCCGAAACAUGAAGGGCAAAGACAUCAAGAAAGCCAUCAGCUUCCACAUGAAGAGGAACCAGAAUCUCUUGGAGCCCCGACAGAAGCAACUGAUUUCUGCUGCCCAGCUACGUUUGAACUAUUUACAGAUCCUUGGGGAACUCAAAACGUAUGGUGGUAAAAUCUUCAAUGCUACUUUAAUGUUACAGGAUAGAGAGUCUUACAUCGCCCUUCUAGUGGGAGCCAAGUAUGGGAUUAGUCAAAUUAUCAAUAGCAAACUCAACAUCAUGUCCACGCUGGCGGAGUUUGCGAGCAUCAGCCGAGUGGAGCUGACAGAGGAGUCGGAGAAAGUGAGCAUGGUCAAAGUGUAUCUCCAAGACGUCAAGGUUCUCUCCUUGCUGCUGGAGUGCAACAGUGCAAAGGACCUGGCCUGCCUGAUUGCCGGCUACUACAGGCUGUUUGUUGACCCAGUCACCACCAUUUUCCUCUGGCCUGGAAACAAACAACAAGUGCACCGGGUAUCUGCUGAAGAAGGCUACGAGUCUCGGGCGUGCAGUGACUCAGAGGAGUCCUCGGAACUGGACUGCGUGCUGGACGCUCUCUCCGACCGGCGCCUGCUGAAGCCGGGCCGGUGCAGGACGCUGUCACCCACCGGGAACAGUGCCACUCCCGACGGGGCCAGGAGACGCCCGAGCACGGCGGCCAAUAGCACCACCGACAGUGCCGAGUCUGAGGCGUCCGACUCAGCCAACACCGAGAGCCGCGGCUGCCGGACCAGCGGGUCGAGCGAAUCCAUGGACGCCCUGGAGGAGGACGACCUGGAUGCCUGCUCCUCCAGCCGCUCCGGCUUCUUCCACUUCAGCUCCAGAAGCUUCCCUGACCACACGAACCCCCAGGGCCCGGAGGAGCAAGGCCAGCUGGACACCAGCGGCUUCCUCUGCCUCCUGGACCUGACCCAGAGGACCAGCCCCCAGCGCUCCCGGCGGGAGCUGCCCGAGGGGUCCUCUCCUGAGAUGUUCGGUUGGGGUGCGGAGCUCAGCGUGGUCAGGCUGGACCCCCAGCUGUACGAGGGCAGCCGGAGCGACUACUACAGCCUGUGCUCCAGCGUCUCCCCCGCCAGCCAGCUGAGUGACAGCUCGGACAGCGCGGCCUCUCGCCAGGGCUCCGGGCUCCCCGCCAGGGCUCAGCAGGGUUGGGUGGAGGCCCGGCCCAGGUCCACGCUGGGAGCCCUGGCCCCACACCUACCGCUGGCCUUCGAGGAGGGCAGCUCGGAUGAGGAGUAUUAUGAUGCUGCCGACAAGCUCACCCCACCCGACCCCCUCUCAGGGUCCAGCACUAUUUCUCUCGCUGAGCCCAGCACUGCCGGCUUGCAGAGGAAGGUCUGCCCCGAGGAGAGCCUGCAGCCUGGGCCGGAUGGGAGGGAGCCCAGCCGCAGGGGCGCAGGGAAGAAGUAUGCCAAGAGCCUGAGGAAAAGAAGGUCCUUCCUGCAGACAGACUAUACCUGCCAGGUGUCAUUCCCCCUGCUGCCAUCCGUGUCCCUGGAGACGGUGGACGAUGUCUGCUACUACGAGCGGGAGCCCUACCUGGCCCUGGGCACGCCCUCCCCAACCGUGUCCUCUCUGCAGGACAUGCAUGGGGAGCCCGGGCUCCUGGAGACCAAGGCACUGGGGCUGCUGGCCCCGCUGAGGGAGGCUGAGCGCAAAAACCCCGCCUCCCGGGCCAUGGAGAUGGAGCCCGAGACCAUGGAGACCAAAUCGGUGGUAGACUCGCGGGUGUCUUCCAUCUCAGCCGUUCGCCUCCGGAUUGACCCCAGCCAUAGGGAGAAGGAGGCGGCUGCACCUCUGGCUGUCACUGUGCCCACCUUCCCAGCAGGCACCCCACCCCCUUCCCGGGCCGGUUCCCCAGGCCCUGCUGCUGCUCCGGCUGGGCUCGUCCAAGCCUUACCUGCCUUGUGUCAGCACUCAGAUGUCUGUGUCACCCCAGAACUCGCUGCGGAGCUCGGGGACAGCACGUCCUCUCUCUCUAGUGUUGACCCAGACCCAGAUGGAGUCUGCGCAGUCCUCAGUCCGGGGCCAAACCCCACCUCUGCAGGGAGCAGGUCCGAGCAGGGAGAGGUCCCCCUGGAAACGGCUUUGAGAUCUUCGUUGACAGAUCAGAUGCCAGAAGCUGCCCCCCCGACCACAGAGUCUACCCCCGUCAGUCCUGAAAGGGGUGAACAGGAAACAGGUGCACGAGAGGAGCUGGCCUGUGGCCCUACCAAUGAGAAACGGGGGCCACUCUUUGGGGGAAGUGACGGAGACACCGCAGAUGCGAAUGGCACCCAUGUAGGUGAGGAUGGGUCUGGGGAGGAUCCGAGUGACCCCACAGGUGAGGUGGGCAAUGUGUCCGAUGCGGUGCCACCGACAUUUGGUGUGAGUACCCCGGCGGGGGGCAUGACAGGCGCUCUCUCCUCGGAGCAUCCUGGAGCAGGAACUGAGCAAAUCUCGCCGCCUUCCCCCGGGGGCCCCCAAAGACUCGGCAGAGAACCCCCAGGCCACACCGGUGAGGCCCCAGAGCAAAAGCGAUUGACUGAGCUGGAUCUCCAUCCGGGUUUCUUACUCGGGGACCAGACCACUGUGCCAGAACUUCCCGUGGAGAGGGCCCAGAUGGAGCCACUAAACCACGUGGGAGGGGAAGCCCCCCAACCUGGGGACAGUCUCCUGCAGAUCACAAAUCAGAGACCUUCUUUGCCAAAGUUACUCCCACAUUCCCCCGAGCAGCCCCCCUCCGAGAGUCCGCAGCCCUAUCUGAGGCCAGAGAACCCUGGCACCUGCCUUCCUGCCGAGAAUUCUUACCUGUGCUUUGCUGCUAAAGACCCCCGGGAGAUUUCUGCGGGUCUCCGCGUGGCCACGUCCCUGGGCUUUGUGGGCAUGAAUGAGUCGGCGGCCCCCCGGGCUGGGCUGGAACAGUGCAGCUGCCAGUUGUCCUAUGCCACGUGCUUCCGGGGCCUGCAGCUCGACCCGGAGGAGGAAGAGAGGGACCCAGAGGCGCACCCCACAGUCCCCCUCACCGCGCCACCCGCUGCGGGCAGCCCACUGGCUCCCCCCUGGAGGCCAUCCCAGCCCCUGCCCAGAAACAGCCACAUCUGGCCCGAGUACUGCUCCAGGACGCUGAGCCAGCUGCAGGCCAGGCCCGCCAGCACCCACGAGGGCUUCGUCCACCUCACCGACAGCUUGCAGGAGCUCCGGCACAUUUUAGAAGCUUCUGAGGCGAAUAGCCACCAACACCCUCCCGAGAAUUGCAUGUGGCACUUCUCCGAGAGCCGGAGCCGCCUCUGCCUGGGCUCCCAGAAGCUCCUGUCCAGCUGCCAGCACGUGAUCCGGAUGGACCAGUCCCCCGAUGAGAUGCAGGGCGCACUUCGCGACACCUUCCAGCACCUAGUCCAGCUGGCCGGCCUGUGCCUGCAGCUCACGGACUGCAGCCGCUGCUCGGCCCGGCAUCGGGAGGCGGCGAGCCACCUGAGGGACGUGGUCCACAACUACCACCAGUUUGUGGAGGCAGCUAAGAUGACCUGCGAGAGAGGCUACCAGGACCUGAGCGUGAAGCUCCUGGCCCGCCAGUGCACAGCCCUCACGGGCGCCGUCUUCUGUUUGAACCAGAAGUUCCGGGCAUCCCCGGCCCUGUGACCUCCCAGCCAAACCCAUGCCCCAGACUCUUCCCCAGCCAGCCUCUUCCAUCACCCUCCCCUUCCAGCCCUCACAUGUUUACUACUUAGUAU